CGACAAUAACACUGGCGUGUCACUAAUGUUAGAGAACCGGUGUGGAGGGUAAAGAUUCUGAGAAUGUCUACGACGAAGUUCCUAACUUUUCUUCUUUUUGGCUUACUUAUUUUGGGUAGGCAGUUGAGCAAGGCCGACGAAGAUGCAGCAACUGAUGCCCCAGAUGAAACAGCAGAGACAGAAAGUGGGGAAACUGGAGAGGAUGAUCCUGUAGUCGAGGAAGAAGAUGAUGUCAUUGUGCUGACAGAAGAAAAUUUUGAUUUUGUAGUAAUGGAUAAAAAGAUUAUUCUAGUAGAAUUCUAUGCUCCUUGGUGUGGACAUUGUAAAAGAUUGGAGCCAGAAUAUAAGAAAGCUGCAAAGACUUUAAAAGGGAAUGAUCCUCCUGUACCUCUUGCUAAGCUGGAUGCAACUGCUCAUAAAGAUCCUGCUAGCCGCUAUGAUGUCUCCGGAUAUCCUACCCUCAAAAUCUUCCGCAACGGAAAAGCUUAUGACUACAAAGGUCCCCGGGAAGAGGCUGGUAUUGUGAGCCACAUGCAAGAGCAAGCAGACCCUAGCUGGACCCCACCACCUGAAGCUGUCAUUACUUUAACUGAUGAUAACUUUGAUGAGAUGGUUAACAAAGAGGAGCUAAUUCUUGUAGAGUUCUAUGCUCCUUGGUGUGGCCACUGUAAAAAACUAGCCCCAGAAUAUGAAGAUGCGGCACAACAACUGAAGGAGAUGGAUCCCCCGAUCCCUCUAGCUAAGGUCGAUGCUACUGUUGCGACCGAAGUGGCUGGUAGAUUUGGAGUCACUGGUUAUCCCACACUAAAGCUUUUCAGGAAUGGAAAAGAUUAUGAAUACAAUGGUCCAAGAGAGGCCUUAGGAAUAAUUGAGUACAUGCAAAAACAAUCUGGAGAUUCUUCAAAGAACAAGGAAACACUAAAAAACAUGAAGAAAUACUUAGAAAAACAGGAUGAUAUUAGCAUUGUUGGGUUCUUUGGCAGUGCAGAGGACAACUUGUACAAAAUGUACCUUGAUCUUGGCCACUACAAGGCGGAGGCUGGGUCGAUUGUGAUUUUUGUCCCAGAGAGAUUCCAAAGCAAAUAUGAAGCAAAACGUUACGUCUUUAAAGCGUCUGAUGGGGACUCAGAUGAUUUGGAAGAUUUCUAUAAUAGCCACAAAGUGCCACUGGUCGGCCAAAUGACCAAGGAUAAUGCAGAAAAACGAUAUGCAGACCGCCCUCUAGUGGUUGCUUACUACCCUGUUGACUGGAGUUUUGAAUAUAGAGUUGCAACUGAAAUUUGGCGUAAGAAGAUUUUGGAAGUAGCCAAGGACUACAAAGAUCUGACAUUUGCCAUCGCGGAUGAGGAAGAGUUCAAAGAUCAACUGAAAGAACUUGAGCUGGAUGAUAGCGGUGAAGAGAUAAGCAUUGGUAUCUGGGGUGACAACAAGAAGAAAUACAGAAUGGAUCCAGAGGAAGACUUCGAUGAAGAAGAAUUAAAAGAGUUUAUUGAUGCUUGGAAAAAGGGAAAAGUUGAUCCAGUCAUUAAGUCUCAGCCAGUGCCAAAAAAGAACAAUGGACCAGUGAAAAUUGUCACAGGAAAAACUUUUGAAAAGAUAGUCCUUGACAAAUCAAAAGAUGUUUUACUGGAAUUGUAUGCUCCUUGGUGUGGCCACUGCAAAAAACUUGAGCCAAUUUACAAGCAGCUAGGCAAAAAGUACAAAGAUAACAAGAACUUAGUUAUAGCAAAGAUGGACGCUACAGCCAACGAUGUUCCAUCAUUGAGUUACUCGCACAUGGGGUUCCCAACCAUUUAUUUCUCAAAAGCUAAUGAUAAAAAUAACCCAGUAAAAUAUGAAGUUGGUGACCGUACGUUAGAAAAGCUUGUAGAAUUCAUUGAAUACCACGCCACGGUGGAUGUGAAAACGAAAGUGAAGACCGAGUUAUAAUCCAACCUAAUUUAAAUUUUACCCCUUCCCUUUUUACUUAUUGUUUUGGCAUUGUUUUGAUACGAGAUCAAGAAGUUGGCUUAUGUUUCACAUGCAGUUUUCUUUUAAACAUUCCAAUCUAUAACAACAUAGUAUAAAACCCCUUAAUUUUUAUGAACUUAAUUUGCCUGCUUUGGAAUGUCUACGAACAUUAAUUUUCAUGUUUUUAGCGGUUCAGGCCAUAAACUUUUAAUGUGAUAUAAAAUUCCUUUAUAUAAAUUUCAAAGCCAACAUUAACUGCAGAUAUUGCAUUUAUACUAAGUAAACAUCAAUUAUAUUGGACAUGCUCAAUCGUGACCACGUGGUCAUAUGACAAUAUUGAUGCUCGUAUUCGUGGAUGUAGGUUCGACACAUAUUAGAAGUAAGGUUUUCAGCAAGUACUGUUACUAAAACACACAAGUGAAACAAUAGACAGAUUUGGCAGUGUUUGUUUACAGCUGGUCACGUGACAUAACUUGGGUAUACAUGUGUUACCUGCACAGAAAAUCAGGCUCCUACUGCCACAUGGAUUUCGUCCUCUAUUUGGUCGCACAGUUUUCUCUACCUGUCCCUGUAAUGCUGACACACUUGCUUGUAAUGGCUUUAUUCCCUCCAUCAGGAUUUUAAUUUCCUCAGUGGUGGAAGCAGGUGUGUUCGAAGCCGAUGUAUUGUUAACUGCUGCACUGGCAACUUUUACGGUGCUCGGUGUGUACUGUUUUUGUUUCCAUUUGUCUUUGAGGUUCUCCGCUCGGGCAAGUUUCUCCAGCAGGUCUUCAUCUGAGAUGUUGGGUUCCUGAAGGUGUUCCCUCAUCUCACUGCGUAAGUUUCCCCUUAGGCCUGUCUGCAAUGUCUGGAGGAACGUACUUCUCAACAACUGAUCGUCCUACAUCAGUGCUGCCCCUUCCUCAUUGGAUGAAAACCUCACUUUUUGCCGAAGGUUCAUAACGCUGAUGACAAAUUCUUGGGCCAACUCACCAGGCUUUUGCAAAGCAGCUGACAGUUGUUGGUGGGAGUCCAGUGCAUCUCCUUCUUUAAAAUGAUACCGCAGGACUCGUCUGAGUUGAUCUAGGCUCAUUUCCGGUGGGCUUUCUAGGUAGCCUUGAAGUGGGGUUCCACUUGAUACAGCCAUAGUUACAGCAUUUAAAAUAAUGUUACAGUUGUAACCACGAGUUAGACCAUCUUCUGUCUGUCUCAUUACGCUUAAGUAGGACAGUUUUUCGGUCUGUCCUGGGGGCCCAAUCUGCCCUUUAUUUUUAAUUCUCUCUUAAACAUAUCAAAGGAUGAUGGCAGUGGUUAUGUGGUUUCAGUAGAGCUUGUUGGAGAUGCUGUAAACCGUUCCAUUUUUGCUUUCAGUAUUUGCUUUCAGUUAUUUACUUAUCUUGGCAUUCUACUAUGAUUGUAGGAUUUGAAAUUUAAGUGAUCCUUCAUAAACCUUAGCUAGCCCUAACAUCGCAGCCUAGUUCGCAGGUCGAAGACCCUCAUGCAUAAAUAAGCAUGCCAUAGAUGUGCAGGGGCCUAGGCUAACAUUCGUUGAAAAAUCCCAAUGUUUUGCGGCCAGUAGGCCUAUCUUUUGCAGCAUUAGCAGACCAUUAAGGCAAAAUUCUCAACUUCAAUUUCCAAUCAAUUCGGUAUACUGUACUCUAGUUUAUUGGGAAUUAUGAUGAUCUUUACAACAAUAACAAGGGACAGCCACAAAAGCAAUCUCCAUUAAAACACUGCAGUACCAGUCGAUUGUUUAUAUCCAACACUCAAGUUAGGUCACGUGACGCCCAUCACUGAAUCGGUCUAUUGAAUUUGCUCAUCUGUAUUUAUUUUUCUUUAGCUACAGAUACAGAAAAUCAAAAUCUAUUUCCAAUAUAGUACGCAUAGGUGUUGGGUAUUCACAAUUUUCUUUAUAUCGUUUUGUCACUAUUAUUUUGUUUUGAUUAUGUUAUUAUUUUUAAAGUCUAUUAAGAGUUCUGAUUACACUGUAGAUUUUUUUCCUUUUAGUUAUAAACUUUCUCUUUACUGUGUUCCAUUAUUACAUUUUAGAGUUUGGCAAAUCCUACUUAUUUAUACAUUUUUAUCUUUCAAAAAAGGAUACUGUAUUCCAAUAAUGGACAACUGAAAUUAGUUAUUUAUCUCAAACUAUGCAGAUCUAUCUAGGCCAAUCAUGUAUAUCCUAUGAUGAUGAUCUUUUUUACCAAAGUUAGUUUUCAUACAGUGUACUGGUAACUGUCAACAAGUUUAUAUAUUUCAUUCAUUUGUGGCAGGCUAUGAAUCUUUAUUCGAGCAAAUACUGGACACAUUUUCCUUAAAUACAAUUUUUUAAGGAUUCAAAAAAAAACAACAAUAAAAUGUCUUGUUUGUUACUACAUACUA